AUGCGUCUGAACGCCACACCAGACGAGAAGACCGCACGCGAGCAGAAACUUUCAGCUGCGGUCCGUACCGUGCUCGAAUGUAUCGGAGAGGAUCCCGAUCGAGAAGGUCUUCUGCGCACUCCCGAGCGUUAUGCGAAGGCUCUUAUGUGGAUGACGAGAGGCUAUGAGGAGCGACUGACAGAUGUCAUUAACGAUGCUGUCUUCGCCGAGGACCACGACGAAAUGGUUUUGGUGAAAGAAAUUGACAUCUCUAGUUUGUGCGAGCACCACCUCGUCCCGUUCACCGGAAAGGUCGCUAUAGCUUAUAUCCCAAAUAAACUCGUUCUUGGACUUUCGAAGUUGGCUCGAAUCGCCGAAACCUUCAGUCGGCGGCUACAGGUCCAAGAACGUCUCACGAAGCAAAUCGCUCUCUGCGUCCAGGAAGCUAUCAAGCCUCGCGGUGUAGCUGUCGUCAUGGAGGCAACCCACAUGUGCAUGACGAUGCGUGGGGUGCAAAAGCCAGGCGCAGUGACCGUGACGUCCUGCAUGCUGGGUUGUUUCCGCACCCAACAGAAAACGCGCGAAGAGUUCCUGACGUUGAUCAAGGGACGGUAG